GUCCAAACACGUAAACCGUAAGGGAAGUAAUUCUUGCAGUGAGCGGCAGUGAUGCCCCACCGUUCGGAGAUGAGGGAGGCUGUGCACAUCCUGCCCCAGCCCUGGCGCGUUUGUAUUAACAGAACCACGUAUGGAUAUUCGCUCUCGUCUGCGUCAGUUCCAUCUAUGAUUCUCAAAUGCUUUGAUGAGUCGUUCCUAUAGAUAGAAGGGCCGGACGCACUGAUGUUGGAAAACAAAACGCACAGUACCGAAAAUAAAAAUAAUUGGAACUCACUGUUCAUUGUGAGUUUGCUACACAAUCGUCGUUGGUAGUUGACUAUUAAGUCAUAAAAUUUUAUGGAUUUGUGCGGUCGUAAUAUUCUGUUUUCGAUUUCUUUUCAUUAAACAAGACUCGAAUGUUUUUGUCUGAACGUGUUUGAAAAACUGUUUCCCUAGUUGAAGCUAUACUCUUAGUAAACUCUGGUGUGAAAUUAUGUAAUUAGACGAUCUUUUAUAAUUUUUCACCAUUUCUAGCAGAUACUUUUGAUGGUGGUCGUGUCGCGGGUUGAAAUUAAUUUAAUUGUUUUUUUUAAUCUUACUUUUUUAUGGUUAUUGAUGUGCUUUUGUAAAUUCAAGAAUCAAUUCACUGUUAUAGAAAAGGUACGUUUUAAAUUCAUGGUGGCAGCUGCGACAAAUACUUAAGUAGGGUGUAGCUUGUAUAACUGUUGACUCACACGUGGGUUCAAUGGGGUCUUAUCUAGACACACGGCAGUGUGUCCGCCAAGUUCGAGCAAAAAAGCGACACACCGGCCGUGGGUUAUAUUACACGAACCAUUUCAGGCCAAAUUCGACCUGUGGUCUGCGUAGAGGACAGUGGAGGCGCCGUGGCUGGUCUUGGCUCGGCUUCUUCGCGCCGGCUGUUCCUCCAAGUUGGCUUGUAAAACCGCCCGCUUCGCCGGCUUCUCAGCUGCGUCUGAAGAGCCUACGGAGCCCCGCUUGAGGAAGGCCCUCUUCCUGACCUGGCGGGUUGCAACGCCGCUCGUGCCACUCAUUUGUGACUCCGUGUCGGACAAAUCGGUGGACACGUCGUCACUAUCUCGUAUGAGACUAGCCGCGGAUGGUGCGCGGCUGGUCUCUGAUGCCGAAGCAUCUCGAGAUUGGCCCUGAGAAGGGCCUCUGGGUUGGCCCUGAGAAGGGCUUUUGGGCAGACAGCGCCCGGAGGCGACCCUCACAGGACGUGGCAUUGCCACCCACAAUAUCGAAACGCAAGACUGUUAUAUGUUUCGACGCACAGCGUUCGUUAGCCGCCGGCCUGCCACUCCGUUACGGUGCUCAGGCGCAGCGUUGCCCAGGGAUCACUACGUGGAAGUCAACGCUGUGGGGGACCCCCAGGACAAAUUUGACCCUGGGAUACACUGGGCAAAAGUUACCCCUUUCAAGAUAAUAGAAUUUCAAGAUCUUUUCUUAACAAUUCGUCUAGGUACACGUAUUUUGUAACGGGUGAUUUUUUAAGAGGUAUAGGAUUUGAUUUUCAAAAAAAACACAAAAAAUUUGGAAAAUGUGAUGAAAUCUUUAUUGGAAUCGAUAGAACGAUCAAUAUAAUUUAAUGUUUGAAGAUGAUUUCAUGCAAAUGCUGGCCGCGGCUCCGGUUUAGAUGGCCCAUUCGCAAGGCCCAAUUUCAGCACACUCUCUCCGACAUAUCAGCUGGUAUAUUACGAAUAAAUGCUUCAAUAUUGGCUCCCAGUGCGUCAAUCGUUGCUGGAUUAUCCCUGUAGAUAUGAGCCUUAACGUGGCUGCACAAGAAAUAGUCCAAAGGCGUUAGAUCACACGAUCUAGGCGGCCAAUUGACGGGCGCGAAACGUGAGAUAAACUGUUCACCUAAGGCGGCUCUCAAUUGGGCCAUUGUUUCGCGUGCCGUGUGGGAUGUGGCACCAUCUUGUUGAAACCACAUGUCAGGCAUGUCCAAUUCUUCCAUUUCGGGCAAAAAAAAACAUAAAUUGGAAGAAGUGCGCGAUGCACUCUCUUAACCGAGCAUGCAUUUUGAUAGUAAAAUUCAAUAAUUUGCAAGCGUUGUUCCUUCGUAAGUCGAUUCAUGGUUAAAUUAUAGACCAAACUGAACAAGUUGGACAAUAACACAAGACACGAUUCACGCGUGAUCUGUGAAAAACAGUGUCGCCAAAAAGAUACCAGCAAAAAAAUCACCCUUUAUUAUUAGUUAAAGUCUUUGCCGAUUUGGUUUUUGCCGAUUUUUGUGUGUUUUGCGCCUUUUUGGAUAGCUAGAUAAAUGUAGGUGUUUUUUAAGUAGUCUGCACAAAAAAAUGAAGAGUACUAUUUUUGAGAAAAUAUCUACUAAAAAAGUAAUUACUGAUCGCUAUAAUUUCCUCUGUGAUUUGCACAGUUUUAUGGUUUGUUAUUAUGAAGUGAUUCAUCUUCUAUCCAAAAACACACAAAAACGAGACUUUUGACUAAUAAUAAAAAUUUAUACAUGUACCUAGACGACUUUUUAAGAAAAGAUCUUAAAAUUCGAUUAUCUUGAAACGGGUUAACUUUUGCCCAGUGUAUGCCAUUGUAUUUUUUUUCCGUAUUGACCUAUACUAUCACCUCAUGAAAGGAUGCGGUCUACUUACAAGUAACCCUGUAUAUGUUUAUGUAGUAUAUGCUUUUCAAACAUGUUCAGACAAAAACGUUCAAGUAAUAAAGUCUUGUUAAAUAAAAAUAAAUCGAAAAAUGAAUAUUUACGAUCUGCCAAAUCCAUACAAUUUUAUGACUUAAUAGUCAACUACCAUCGACGAUUGUGUAGCAAACUCACAAUGAACAGUGAGUUCCAUUUAUUUUUAUUUUCGGUACUGUGCGUUUUAUUUUCCAACAUCAGUGCGUCCGGCCCUUCUAUCUAUAGGAACGACUCAUCAAAGCAUCUGAGAAUCAUAGAUGGAACUGACGCAGACGAGAGCGAAUAUCCAUACGUGGUUCUGUUAAUACAAACGCGCCAGGGCUGGGGCAGGAAGUGCACAGCCUCCCUCAUCUCCGAACGGUGGGGCAUCACCGCUGCUCACUGCAAGAAUUACUUCCCUUACGGUUUACGUGUCUGGACCAAAGACUUUCACCAUUUCGUUAAAUUUAGGGACAAUAGUGUUGAAAUUGCUGAAAUGAUAACACAUCCUGGCUACCGACUGUUAAUCAGAAUGAAAGGCAGACACCGCAGACAUGACAUAAUUGUUAGUAAUGAUAUAGCUUUAUUUCGUCUUCAAAAAACGGUAAGUUUACCCCGGUACGCGCGACUGUCAUCUGUCGACCGGGACACGUUGAUGGGGCGGCCAGCCAUAUACAUAGGUGGUGGUGCCAAAAGGAUACACGGAUUUAAUCCGUUACAAGGUGCGCUCCAAAAAGGUGAAGGUGUUAUCGUUCCAUGUGAUACGGCAAUGAAACGUGUAUCUAAGUAUAUAAUGUGCGUUGCCCCGAAAUGUUCUAAUAGAGCGCAGACAUCAUAUUACGGUGACUCUGGUGGGCCUUUGAUUAUGGAUGGUCAGGUUGUCGGCGUGUGUUCCUUCGGAAUGGAACACGAAAAAGUGAUCAGCUCAGGCUAUGCACCAGUCAGCUGUUACUUAGACUGGAUUUAUUCUGUAUUACAUUCCCGGGACUCCGGGGCAAUAAAAUGAAUAUUAAAAUCGUGUGCAAUGGUUUUCCUUUUCUUAUCCGUGUAUAUCUGAAUAUUUAUUGUUUGUGAACGAUAGAUAGCGGAUAUUAUUCUACAUGAAGAUUUAAAAAAAAAACAAUUGUGUUCAUAAUACAUGCAAUUCAUUAAUUUCCAAUUCACGAUAUCGAUCGAUAAAAAUUAAAAUAACGUCCUCAAAUACUAGGAACAUUGUUCUCAU